CAGUGUUAAAUAACGCAGGUAUUGCACUCCGUACACGUUGUCUUGUUCCACAUUCACUGAUUUGACUAGAAGUGUAGCGAAGAAAACUUCACGUUUUUGAGGAGAUAUACGACGCCUUUCUGCAAAAGGUCAGGUCUUUGGCCGUUCGCUAGCUAUUUUUUUUUUUUUUUAAGAACACGACAUUCUCCAGGAGGUUACAAGAAAAUCGUACUUAAAUUGUGUAAUGUAGCGCUUCACACCUCAUAAGGUCGUUAUGAAACCUAAAAAAAAGGCCAAAUGUGGUAUCUUAUUCCUGUUGUUGCUCACAUUUAUUGAGCUACAGACGCUUCCAUUUGUAAAAAACGUUCUACAUACCAAUAUAAACAACUACGAUUCGCUGCCGCUUUCGCAAGACCUGGCCGCUUGGCGCGCUGUGGUAACUAUGGCUAACAAAAACGAGGAGUGUCGCGACUGUUGUUGUAGACUGUACGACAACCAAGUACAAAAGUGUAUCACUGCCACAACCGGCUACAAUGUCCCAUAAAGUACUCAUUAAUAUCUUUGGACUUAGUCAGUGCAAGAACUUUGGUAGCAUAGGGGAAUGAUCAAACAUUUGUUUGUUAUGACAGCUGGAUAGGUUAGUUACGUGUUUGAUAUAUUUUUGUUUUUGUUGUCGUCGUCACUCACAAUGUCACAAGAUCUUAGCAGCAGGAAACGUGGUCGAAAUAACUGUGAAGAGGAAUGCUGUGAUUUUAUGCCAUUAUCUAAAAGAAUUAACAACUUGCACAUCAAUGGGACUAUUUACAGCACUUGCGAACAACAUCCUGAACAUGCCAUUUUUAAGCAGGAUGGAACAGUGGAAGAGUGGAAUGGUUUGCAAAGUAUGAAAGAUGAACGGCUGCAGUCAUCACAUUCACUGGGUCCCACAUGUUCCACAGACAAGAAUAGUGGCACUAAUUUUCACAGUGUUGAUGGCAACUUCAUAGAAAACAAUUGUGCCACAAGCCAGGAAUACCCAUGGAUGUCUGAGCACGUACUCAGCCAGUAUGCACCAUCUCUCACCGCUACUGAUAAUCCGUACUAUUAUGAAAACAAUAAACUUUUGUUUGCUCUGUACAUGGAACGGUUACAGAGAGGUGGAAUCCCACUUUAUUAAUGCUAGUGUUCACAAACUAGAUGUUGCUGCAGCAGGAACAAAUUUUGUAGUUCUUAAAUAGUUUUCACGUGAAUAUGUAAGUAACAAUUUUUUCAGCUUCUGUCUCAUACUGGACAAUACAUUUAAGCACCCACUGACAAAUUUGACCUUAUGCAUUUUUAUUAAAUUAUAACAUAGAGCAAAGUUUUAACUAUGAAUCUCACAAAAAUACAGAAAUAUUUAGAAGACCCUUAGAAAAUGUUGGUGUAUUCAUUAUCCCUCUAACUUGUUUAAUACUGCCAAAUGGUAUGAAGAAAUGAGAUGUUGUGUCAUUCACAAUGUAUAAUAUAUGUAUUAACGUAUGUUUGUGCACUAGUUUUUGAAAAGUCUAUUGUUAAUGUCGUGUCUUUGUCCAAACCAAUGUUAGCCCUUGAUGUAAAAUACGGAGAGCACAAUGUCAUUUUCAAAUAAAGUCUAGUCAUAUUUUUUGUGUGAAACACAUGCAGCACCCA